GAUGAGGUCAGCGCGGCGGUGUCGGGGAAUGGAAUGUGUAAGUGUAACAUUCAGAACCGGGUAACGUUCGGCGAUCGAACGCUGCCGUCGGCAACGUUCGAAGAGGGGGCGAGGCAGCCUCCGCCGAGCUUCCGCGCGCCGCCGCCGCUCGCUGGGAUGAAUGGCUGAGAGGGGCGGGGGCUAGGAGGAGGAGGCGGCAGCGGCGAAGGAGGAAGGAGGAGGGGAAGACGCCGACGCCGAAGAGGAGGAGGAGGAUCCCUGGCUGGUUCCAUCCCGGGGGCCAUACAGCCAGAUCGCCGAGAAGGAAACCAGAGCAACCCUCCGAGUCCCGGAGCCGCUGCAGACAGGAGGGCAGGCAGGAAGAGAAAUGCAGGGAUUUGUAAGGUUACGGCGCUCGGGCUGGAAGAUGUAAUCCCGCUGGUGCUGUCGGCGUGAACCGGAGCCGGCUGCUGCUGUGUGCCCAUUUGCUUCUGGAGCCGGCCGCUUGGGGGGUCUUUUCCUUGCAACACGUCCCCACCUCCCUCCCUCCCCUCUCUCUCUCUGGUGUACGAGUUGAAGUUGCAGCUGCUACACCUCCAGCCCGCUGCAAGAAGCCCCGUGUGUCUGGGUGUGCGUGUGGCGUGUGUGUGUGUUUGCGUGCAUGAGAGAGGGAGGAAGGGAGAGGGCGGGACGAAUCUCUCUCCCAGUCUUGCAAAAGCAGAUUUGAGGGCAAAAGAGACCUGGGCUCUCAGUGCUUUCAUUUGGUGGAGCGGCUGUCUUUGUGUGGUGUGUGUGUCUGUGUGUGCGCGGGUGCAUGGGAGAGAAUUCCCGGGCCUCUUUGCAAAAACCGCGUUGGGUGUGAGAUUCUCCGCCUGCCCUCCUUCUCUCUCUCUCUGUCUGCCCCCUUCUCUCUCCCUUUCCCUCCACCCUCCCCCCCCCCUCCGGUCCAUUGUGCGAGCCAAAGAUGAAAGACAGGAGGGGAGAAAGUUAAAGAAAUCGCCCACAUGCGCUGCAUCAGUCCAAGGCUUUGGGAAAGGAAUAAAGAGAAGGUGGGAGAAGAGAGUUUAAAGUCUUUGCAGGCGGGAAGAUGGCGGACUCAAGCUGAAAGUGUCGAUUGGCAAACUUGGGCGAUCUUUGUGUUUAUUGACGAUCCUCUUGACCCAGAUAGGACACAUGCAGGCCAAAAAACGCUAUUUCACCCUGCUCUCUGCUGGCACCUUUGUCGUCCUUCUCUUUUACUUCGGAGGCUUGCAGUUCAAAGCAUCCAGAAACCAAAGCAGGCGAGAGGUUCACAGUAGCAGGAAUGGGUUGCAGCACACCAGCCCCGAGCACUACUGGCCCCGAUUCCCGGACGCUCUGCGCCCCUUCGUUCCUUGGGAUCAACUGGAGAACGAGGACUACAAUCUGCACACUUCCCCGCGCCAGAAACGAGACGCCAACGCCAGCGUCUACAAAGGCAAGAAGUGUCGGAUGGAGUCUUGCUUUGAUUUCGCCCUCUGCAAGAAGAACGGCUUCAAGGUCUAUGUCUACCCCCAGCAGAAGGGGGAGAAGAUCGCCGAAAGUUACCAAAACAUCCUCGCUGCCAUCGAGGGCUCUCGGUUUUAUACUUCGGACCCCGGUCAGGCUUGUCUGUUUGUCCUUAGCUUGGAUACCUUAGACAGAGACCAGCUCUCCCCGCAGUACGUACACAACCUAAGGUCCAAAGUCCAGAGUCUCCACUUGUGGAACAAUGGUAGGAAUCAUUUAGUUUUUAAUUUAUAUUCCGGCACCUGGCCCGACUAUACCGAAGACGUGGGCUUCGACAUCGGCCAGGCCAUGUUGGCCAAAGCUAGCAUCAGUACUGAAAACUUCCGGCCCGAGUUUGACAUUUCUAUUCCGCUCUUUUCUAAGGAUCACCCAAGGACAGGAGGGGAGAAAGGCUUCCUGAGGUUUAACACUAUUCCUCCGCUCAGGAAGUAUAUGUUGGUAUUCAAGGGGAAAAGGUACCUGACUGGGAUAGGGUCCGACACCAGGAAUGCCUUAUAUCAUGUCCAUAACGGAGAGGAUGUUCUUCUCUUGACCACUUGCAAGCAUGGUAAAGACUGGCAAAAGCACAAAGAUUCACGGUGCGAUAGAGACAACGCCGAAUAUGAAAAGUAUGAUUAUCGUGAAAUGCUGCACAAUGCCACUUUCUGUCUGGUCCCCCGUGGCCGGAGGCUUGGAUCCUUCAGGUUCCUGGAGGCCCUGCAGGCUGCCUGCGUCCCUGUGAUGCUUAGCAAUGGAUGGGAGUUGCCAUUCUCUGAAGUGAUUGAUUGGAAUCAAGCUGCUGUCAUAGGGGAUGAAAGAUUGUUAUUACAGAUCCCUUCUACAAUCAGGUCUAUCCAUCAGGAUAAAAUCCUAGCACUUAGACAGCAGACACAGUUCUUGUGGGAGGCUUAUUUUUCUUCAGUGGAGAAGAUUGUAUUGACCACACUAGAGAUUAUUCAAGACCGAAUCUUUAAGCACAUAUCACACAACAGCUUAAUAUGGAAUACACACCCCGGAGGAUUAUUUGUACUGCCACAGUAUUCAUCAUAUCUAGGAGAUUUUCCUUACUAUUAUGCUAAUCUAGGUGUCAAGCCCCCAUCCAAAUUCACCGCCGUUAUCCAUGCAGUUACUCCUUUAGUUUCUCAGUCUCAACCUGUGCUGAAACUCCUGGUCGCUGUAGCCAAAUCCCAGUACUGCGCCCAGAUCAUUGUCUUAUGGAAUUGUGAUAAGCCCCUCCCAGCCAAGCACCGUUGGCCUGCCACUGCCGUGCCUGUCAUCGUCAUCGAAGGAGAGAGCAAGGUCAUGAGCAGUCGUUUCCUGCCCUAUGAGAACAUCGUCACUGAUGCAGUUUUAAGCCUCGAUGAGGAUACGGUGCUUUCAACCACUGAGGUGGAUUUUGCCUUUACGGUUUGGCAGAGCUUUCCAGAGAGGAUUGUGGGCUAUCCUGCCCGCAGCCAUUUCUGGGACAACACCAAGGAGAGGUGGGGCUACACAUCCAAGUGGACUAAUGACUAUUCCAUGGUAUUGACCGGAGCUGCUAUUUACCACAAAUAUUAUCACUACCUGUACACGCAUUAUCUGCCUGCCAGCCUGAAGAACAUGGUGGACCAACUGGCUAAUUGUGAGGACAUUUUGAUGAAUUUCUUGGUGUCAGCUGUGACAAAGUUGCCUCCAAUCAAAGUAACACAGAAGAAACAGUAUAAGGAGACCAUGAUGGGACAGACUUCCAGGGCUUCUCGUUGGGCCGACCCAGACCACUUUGCCCAAAGGCAGAGCUGCAUGAACACUUUCGCCAGCUGGUUUGGCUAUAUGCCGCUGAUCCAUUCUCAGAUGAGGCUUGAUCCUGUGCUCUUUAAAGAUCAGGUCUCCAUCCUGAGGAAGAAAUAUCGAGACAUUGAACGACUCUGAGGAGCCCAGCGGCGGGUGGGGAAAGGGGGGGCAACUGGACUUUUCCCGCAGCCCAGUGCAAACCCACUGACUCUUGGAAAGCAGCCUGUUGUACCCUGGUGGGGGGAGGUGAAGACACUUUCAAGAUGGCCACUGGAAGAGUGCUGGCUCCUGAGGGAAACUCGUUGUGCUGGACUGCUUCAAGCCACCCUGCGGGGCUGCAGGUCACUCGAGACUAGGUUGUGUACAGUUUCAUUAUGGAACAUUAAAUAAUUAUUUUUUGAAAUGAUUGCUAUGCAGGUUUAAACUUUUUUAAUGAUAAAAAACCUAUUAAAAACAGAGUUCUUUCUUUAA